AUGGGCAUGCCAAUGAUUCCUUCAUACCAUCUAGCCAAAGUUUUACUACCCCUACCCAACCUACACACUCCCACAAGUAAUAGGUCGGAGAGGAACCUCAUUAACGCACCACACCUCCUCAGCUUCUUUUUGAACUUUGUCCUGCGGAACAGCAUUCUUCCAGAAGUCUCACAUGAACACGACAUCCGCAAUGCCCUCGAUAUUGUGGAGCUCGCAAAGAAGGAGCUGCCCUUAGUCUUGCCAUGGAGAAACCUCGUUAACGCACCACACCUCCUCAGCUUCUUUUGA